CGAUUAGAUACUGCACUCCCCGUUAUAUUAGCAGCUUAGACUUUUCUAGACGUUUUGCCACCCCUUAUCCCGUCUCACCCUGUGCAUAGGAUAUGUCCAAGGUUCAGCUAUACGUUUAUGAUCUCUCUCACGGUCUCGCCAAGAGCAUGUCCCUUAUGCUCACUGGCAAACAAAUUGAUGGUAUCUGGCAUACCUCAGUUGUCGCUUUUGGCCGCGAAAUAUACUAUGGACAGGGUGUCCUCGAGUCCAAGCCGGGGGCGACUCACCAUGGUCAACCUUUACAAAUUUUAGAUGUCGGUGAAACUCAUAUAGACGAAGCAACAUUCAAUGAGUAUCUUUCGAGUCUGAGUGGAAUGUACACGCCUAGCAAAUACCACUUGAUUGAAUUCAACUGCAACCACUUUACGGCCGAUGUCGUGGGCUUCUUAACUGGAGCAGAAAUCCCAGCUUGGAUUAGUAGUCUUCCCUCCGAAUUUCUCUCAACACCUUUCGGACAGGCUAUGAAACCCCAAAUAGACGCAAUGUUCCGUGGUCCUACAGCACAGCGUCCUAUCCCUGACAAAAUUAGCAGCGCCAAUGCUUCGCCAGCACCUUCCAUUGGCUCCUCAUCUGCACCUGGGGGUGAUACUGCUGCGGCUGGCCCUUCUCUUUCUUCUACAUUACUACAGUCAAUCGCCGCGCAAGCUACUGCUCAGACAACUGGCCAAUCUACCGCAGCCAAUGGAUCAUCCAAACAACCUCUCAACCCUGAAACAUCACCUCUCACUCUCGUUUCAUCUACUGCCAACUUCCAUUCCAUCCUCUCGCAGCACUCUGCUGUCGUCGUAAAUUUUACUAACACACCAUCAUGCCCCCCUUGCCGGGUCAUCAAACCCGUCUAUGAGUCGAUCGCUAGCUAUCAUUCUGCCGUCUAUGGAGCCAAGGGUGCUCGAUUUGUGGAGGUCGAAUUAGGAAUUGGGCAGGGCCGAGAGAUUGCGGGUACUUAUGGUGUGCAGGCCACUCCGACCUUUAUGUUCUUCAAGGAUGGCAAAAAAGUCGGCGAGAUGAAAGGCGCUGCCAAAAGGGAACUGGAGAACAAAGUUGAACAAUUCUUAGAGGAGUGCUAUCCGACUCACCCCCACCGCAGAAUGUAUCUUCCCGCGGUUGAAGGAUUGCCAAAAAGAGCGAUCACAGUUAGCAACCUGCCCAAUUAUCCGGCUUUGUUGAACAAGCUCGAAGGGUUCUUAGCGGACAAGGGAAAGACAGAAAGCUUCAUGGUUCUAAAAAACGAAGUGGUACCAUUCCUAGAGGGCAAGAGUCUUUCUGAAACAGAAUUGGCUGCUCUGCUUCAGAAGUGGUCUGCUGCCACCCAAGACUUGCUGCCUGCUCUUCAGCCAACAGAAACUUUCCCUUUAAUCGAUCUCUGGCGAAUUGCCCUUCAAUGCCAACCAAUCAUUCCCUUCAUUGGUUUGGGGCUCUCGACCGCCUCAAGCAACGCUGAACCCAUCACCAGUAUCAUUUCUCUUGCUUCAAACACUUUCUCUUCUUCUCCAGAAGCCAUACCCAAACCCUUCAUCCUCACUGUCCUUCGUCUUCUCACAAACUUCACAUCUUGCGUUGAACUGACAAACCUUGUGCUCGCGCAUGAUGGUAAUGUUUCUACGUCUGAGCAGCUCAUCAGCGUGUUGGUAGAGUCUCUUCUGUAUCCCGAUGUGGGUGUAAGAAGCGCGGCUGCUGGUGUAGCGUUUAACAUUGGUCUCUGGAGGCAUCAUAACGUUGUAGAAGAGACUCCAAAUGUGGAUUGGGAGCUUGAGGUGGUCAGUGGUUUAGUAGAAGCUCUUGACCGGGAAGAGGAUGAGGACGUCGCUCAUCGUCUUCUUGCAGCCCUUGCUUUGGAGAUCUACCUUUCUCCAAGCUAUGAAGAUAACGUUCAGCCGAUGCUGCAGGUCUUGGAAGCAUCCAAUAAGAUUGAGAAGAGAUGUAAGGUUUGGAAGAGGAAAGAGGUUAAGAAGGUGGGAGAAGAGAUCGCUAGAAAGCUUUGCUAAGCCACUACCAAAUAGACGUUGCUUGUAGAUACAACAAAGACACGAUCCUGAAUUGUUGCACAUUAUGUAU